AUGGACUCUUCCAUUCUCCGUGAGCUGUCCAAGCUCGACCCCGCGGUUCCGUUCCGCGCGACCUCGGACCACCUGCAUCACACCUGGGCCAAAACUUUCUUCUCGCGGCCAGAGCUCUACAUUCGACCCCAGUCGAUCCCCGAAAUCCAGCAGCUGGUCACCCUGGCCCGUCGUUGUCGCCGCCGCCUCGUCACCGUCGGCAGCGCUCACUCUCCCUCCGACCUCACCUGUACCUCAUCCUGGCAGGUCAACCUGGAUGAAUUCAAUCGCAUUCUGCACAUCGAUCCCGAGACCCGUUCCGUCACCGUCGAGGCCGGUAUCCGAUUGAGCGAGCUCGGGAGACGACUGGAGGAGCAUGGUUUGACCCUCGCGAACCUGGGCAGUAUCGAUAGCCAGUCAAUAGCGGGUGUGAUCGCGACAGGGACACACGGCAGCUCGCUCCGUCACGGCCUGCUGUCAGAAUGUAUUGAGGCUCUGACUCUGGUGCUGUCCAAUGGGCAGCUGGUGCGCUGCAGCCCGGCCAAUAAUCCAGACCUCUUCCGCGCCGCGCUGGUCUCGCUGGGUGCACUGGGGAUCGUGGUCGAGGUGACCUUCAAGGCCAGACCGAAGUUCAAGAUCGCCUGGCACCAGGAACGAUAUACCUUGUCUCGUGUGUUGGCUGAGUGGUCCACCGGCCUAUGGACCUCCCAUGAAUUUGUGCGUGUCUGGUGGUUGCCCUAUGAGAAGGGGGCCAUCGUCUGGCGGGCCGAUCAGACCGAUCUCCCGCUGCACGCCCCGCCCAGGAACUUCUAUGGCGACUGGUUCGGAUACCACGUCUACCACAACCUGCUGGCGCUGUCCUCCCACUUCCCUCGUAUUCUGCCGUGGGUUGAGUGGUUCGUCUUUGGAAUGCAGUAUGGCUUCCGAGCAGGCUCCACGAUGACCGAGGCUGUCGAGCCUGCGCGCACCGGUCUGCUGAUGAACUGCCUGUACUCACAGUUUGUGAACGAGUGGGCUCUGCCCCUCGAAAAGGGCCCCGAGGCGAUCACCCGGCUAUCGGCGUGGUUGCAUGGAGACAUGAAGACCGCGGGUAUUCCCUUCUCGUCCAAGGGCCUCUGGGUUCACUGCCCCGUCGAAGUCCGCGUGUCGGAUUCGAGCAAGAACCCUAACCCACGACCCUUCCUCGACCCCACCUGCCAGGACGGACCGACGCUCUACCUCAACGCGACGCUCUACCGUCCGUAUCUCCGAGACCCACCCUGUCGCAAACGGUACUACGAGGCCUUCGAGUGGCUCAUGCGGGACAUGGGCGCCCGGCCACACUGGGCCAAAAACUUUAACACCCUGGACUCAACAGAACUACAUCGCCUAUACAAGACAGACAUGGAUGCGUGGCUGAAGGUGCGGCAAGAGGUUGACCCGGAGGGCAUGUUCCUGGGCGAAUGGCAUUACCGCAACCUGCCCCUGGCCGGGCCAUCUGACUCGACUGACAGGCUGCCAUUGCUAGAGCGCGAGGAGCAGCGUCACAAAACCAGCAUCAGCGGCGCGGGUGACGGGCUUGAAUGGGUGGGCGAUCGCCCAUGGCAUCGUGCCUCUGCGCCACUGUUCGCCUCCGAGUCUAAGCCGGCCGAUCUGCCGGCCGACCAGUCAGCGCCUAGUCCGCCAACCACGGCGACCAGCGAGGAGAGUUUUGAUUUGCUUGCCAAAGGUGAAGCGAGCAUUCUGCUUCAUGGCGCGUGA